AGUAAAUAUUUUUUUUUAUAAGAUAUUACGUUCUCAUCAUCCUUUUAAAUAAUCUUAGUUUAUUAAGACAGUACUCGAGUAAUGGAACUAUCUACAAACGAAGGUUCAAAUAUUUCAUCCCCAUUUAAGUGCAAAUUAUUUUAUCGAGUUACAAUCGUCACCUUUGACCUUGAGUAGGGAUCUGUCAUACACUUAUAAACAGAGCAUUUUCCAAAUAUCAUGAGACCAGUCAUGCUCAUAUCACUCCAAAAAUGGUAACAGCAGAGGGAAUCUUCCGUUUUGAAUGCUACUUGAGUGGAGAUAAACUUUCUCCUCUACAACCAAAUAUCACCCCCUCCUUUUGCUUUUUCAUCUUCUUAUCUUGGAUUGAAGGGAACUCUCUUUUUCCUUGUCUUUCCUUUUUUAUGGCUCUCCCUUUUUUAUUAAUUAAUUUGUUUUUUUCCUCGGUGAACCAGUUCCAUCUAGGGACAGUUUUAUAGCUUUCUCCAAGAAACAUGUUCAAUAAAUUCCGGAAAGGAUUCAUCUUGAUGCCCUUGAUGGUCCCGAAUGCCUCUAGAAUUUAUUACUCUUUGGAUUUCAUGUUCAACAUGAAUGGAACCACCAUUGCAACUGGUGCCAGAGACCCGCCUGUCCUUUUACAGUUGAUCCUAUCUGGUCAAAAAAGAAAUUGCACAUCAGUAGCUAUCCAUGGUCCCAUGUCUACACAAAAUCACCAUCCGAAGUACAAAAUAUCACACCACUUGCUACUAAAUACCAUGUCCAAAUUUUCUUGCUUGAUAUUCGAAAAGGGCAGGGCGCCCAAAGUUCCUAGUAUGUCCUUUGACUAUUGGACCAAGACCUCAUUUCCAUCUUCAUGAUCGUAGUUAUCAGUUUUACGAAAACUAGGAUCAAUUCUACAUGGAAAUUUAGGUAAUCCUUAGCUAACAUAGAUAUCCUAUGCAAUACGAUAUACUCCCAACUCCCUAAUCUUGGAAAUGUUUAUUUCUUUAAAUGAAUGCAACAAGCACAAGACUUUAAAUCUAGAUGCAGGGUAUCUGGAUCCAGAGAAUGAUGCAUGAGUGAAGUGCAAGCAACAAUUACGUGUU